GGACCCAGCGAGGCGGACACUUGAGACUGCAGGCCAAGAUGGCGACAGUGAGACGGGUUUUCCCGCGGAGGCUAGCGGGCUUGGCGUCCCUCCGGGCUGCAAGCACCUCAUCCAUGGGUGCUUUCCCGAAGCAGGUGAAGAUCGUGGAAGUCGGUCCCCGAGACGGUUUGCAGAAUGAAAAGAAUAUCGUAUCUACCCCAGUGAAAAUCAAGCUGAUAGACAUGCUUUCCGAAGCAGGGCUUCCUGUUAUCGAGGCCACCAGCUUUGUCUCUCCCAAGUGGGUACCCCAGAUGGCUGACCACUCUGAAGUCUUGAAGGGCAUUCAGAAGUUCCCUGGCGUCAACUACCCAGUCCUGACUCCAAAUAUGAAAGGCUUUGAGGAAGCGGUAGCUGCGGGUGCCAAGGAAGUCAGCAUCUUUGGGGCUGUAUCCGAGCUCUUCACCCGGAAGAAUGUGAACUGCUCUAUAGAGGAGAGUUUCCAGCGCUUUGAAGGAGUCAUGCAGGCCGCACGGGCAGCCAGCAUCCCUGUGAGAGGGUAUGUCUCCUGUGCCCUCGGAUGCCCCUACGAGGGGAAGAUCUCCCCGGCUAAAGUAGCUGAGGUUGCCAAAAAGUUGUACUCAAUGGGCUGCUAUGAGAUCUCCCUUGGGGACACCAUUGGUGUAGGCACCCCAGGACUCAUGAAAGACAUGCUGACUGCUGUCCUGCAUGAGGUGCCUAUGACGGCACUGGCUGUCCACUGCCAUGAUACCUACGGUCAAGCUCUGGCCAACACCUUGGUGGCCCUGCAGAUGGGAGUGAGCGUGGUGGAUGCCUCUGUGGCGGGCCUUGGAGGCUGUCCCUAUGCACAGGGGGCAUCGGGGAACUUGGCUACCGAGGACCUGGUCUACAUGCUGACUGGCUUAGGGAUCCACACGGGUGUGAACCUCCAGAAGCUGCUUGAAGCUGGGGACUUCAUCUGUCAAGCCCUGAACAGAAAAACCAGCUCCAAAGUGGCACAGGCCACCUGCAAACUCUGAGCCCCUCACUCCCUGAAGACCUGGGACUGUGGGAGAUGGGUGUAUGUGCACAAUGAUUCCUACAUGGGGGAAAUGAAAUGAGGGCAAAUGAGCAGGCAACAGGUCCUUCUCCCAGACAGAAAGGGCUACCGCUGCCAGGCCUGGGACUGCCCUGGAGCCUGGAAGUCCCCUUUCACUGUGGACCAGCUCCCCAGAGCUGAGUGCUUGCUUGGGAUGGCCCUGGGUCUCCUGGGAGAGUAUGCUAGGCAACAGAGCUGAUGUCCAUCCUGCCAUGACCGAGGGUCCUGUGAGAGGGAGUGUCCCCUACCCCCAAGCCAGCACAGCAUUUGCUGAAAUGGUGGGGUUGAUCUGUUGCAGGGGCCAUCUGGCAACUCCAGUAUCUCUGGAAAAUCAUUCUGUAUAUGAUUUUUGAAAACAGCUUAUGUAAUUAAAGAUCUAAUUUUCUAAUAUCCAA